GGGUGACGGACGGACGGAGUAAGUGAAUGAGAGAGAGAGAGAGAGAGUGGGGUUUCCCCUGGCCGCGGAGAGAAGGAGUCGAUGAGGAGAGUAUAAAAUGACUGCAGAUGUGUCAUUGGACAUCAACACCAAAGAACCUCGAUGGGACCAGGGUACUUUUAUUGGGAGAGCAAAACACUUCUUCACAGUUACUGACCCGAGGAACAUUCUUCUAUCAAAUUCACAGUUGGAGAAUGCUAGAAAGAUAAUACAUGACUAUAGGCAAGGUAUCGUAGCUCCUGAGCUUACAGAAGAUGAACUUUGGAAGGCAAAGUAUGUCUAUGAUUCUGCAUUUCACCCAGAUACGGGAGAAAAAAUGAUUCUUAUUGGUCGAAUGUCAGCUCAGGUGCCAAUGAACAUGACAAUUACUGGAUGUAUGAUGACCUUCUAUAAAACUACUCCAGCUGUGGUUUUCUGGCAAUGGAUUAAUCAGUCCUUCAAUGCUAUUGUGAACUAUACUAACAGAAGUGGAGAUGCUCCAAUAACAGUAGGCCAGCUUGGUACAGCUUACAUUUCUGCCACAACAGGUGCAGUAGCAACAGCUCUUGGCCUUAAUUCACUAACCAAGCGUGUGACACCUCUAAUAGGACGUUUUGUUCCAUUUGCUGCAGUAGCUGCUGCCAAUUGUAUAAAUAUCCCUUUAAUGCGACAGAGAGAAUUGAAACAUGGAAUACCAGUAACAGAUGAGAAUGGCAACCGACUAGGAGAAUCAACAAAAGCUGCUCAACAGGCCAUUGUACAAGUGGUCAUCUCUCGGAUUCUCAUGGCUGCUCCUGGCAUGGCUAUCCCUCCAUUUAUAAUGAAUACCUUGGAAAGGAAAGCCUUCUUGAAGCGAUUCCCAUGGAUGAGUGCACCUAUUCAAGUGGGUUUGGUAGGAGUCUGCUUGGUAUUUGCUACACCCCUUUGCUGUGCAUUGUUUCCACAGAAAAGUUCAAUGUCUGUGAACCGUCUUGAGCAUGACAUUCAGGCCAAAGUUCGAGAGGCCAGUCCUGGUGUGGAAUAUGUUUACUUUAACAAAGGAUUGUGAAAGCACAAAACAAGUGAAAACAAACACCAAGCAAUCUAAUUUGUAGUGCGUUCAGUGUGCCAAAAUUAAAGAACUGUUUUACUUUGUCUUAACUCAUUUGUAUUUUUGCAUAGUUUUUCAAACAGCAUAUUUAAUGAUUAAAAAAUAUUAAUCUAAACUAAUUCUAAAUGAUAUUAGUUUCAUUUGUUGCAUAAAAAGGCAACAGCUUAUGUUCUGUUAUAUAGUCUGUUUCUAAAAUAACUUAUACCGUACUAAUGUGAACCUUGUCAGUUAACUGACGCAGCACAAACCAUUACUACAAUUCAAGUAUGUGUUUACCACAUUCCACCUUAAUUUUUUUGUACUGUGUUUAGUUAUUUGCUGAUUAGAAUGGAACAGAACAGAAAAUAAAUUUUGUGACUGUGUUAUGUAUCAUAUAAACAUAUUUCUAUUAGACAGCUUUGUGUUUAAGUUCAAAUUAUAUGUUGAAGUAAUGAGUGAAAACAUCAGAAGGUAAUUCUGUUAGGUAAAUUGUAUAUCUUGUGCAACUGAAUAAUGUUUAGACUCCAGAUUGAGAGUACAACUUAACAAAUUGAGGAUGUGAGCUAUGAAAUACUUGAAAUAUUACAGUAUUGAUAACUGUGAUCAGAUGUUAUGGUUUUAAAAUUUAAUAUCUCCUUGACAAUUGUGCAAUAAAACUUCAAUGUUGCUCUGUAAUGACAUUCUUAAAAAUAAUUUGCAUUCCUUGGUAUCUAAUGCCUUUAGGACUUUUGAACUUGUCAUGAAUAGAGGAAUUCAGUUUUAAUAGGAAACUAUUGAUGUAUUGUCUUGCAAGUCUUUCAAU